UAUUGUCAACGAUGAACGCGCGAGAUGUUUGCGCCUCGAUGAUCUUUAUUCACCAAAUUUGCCGUGCUCAAUAGCACUAUAUAAAACGUUCUACGAACUUAAAGGGACUCGAAGUUUCUCGUGUUCAUCAAAACAUGUACGAAUUCGUCGCGAUAUCUUAACAUCAAUAAACAUGCCGGAACUGACUGAACUUGACAAAGCUAUGAGCUCUGAACCUACUAAGGUUGAAGCGGCAGCUGCAGGAUCUGGAACUGAUUCAGACUCUGAUGAUACUGUCCCAGAAUUAGACGAUGCACGUGCAGGUGGUACUGUUGGUUUUCCAGGAACGACCGUUGCUGGUCUUCCGAUUGACAUGGUCUCUAAGGCUAAACAAAGUCGUGGAGAGAAGAAAGCUAGAAAGCUUAUGAGUAAAUUAGGAUUAAAACCUGUUCAAGGAGUUAACAGAGUGACUAUUCGUAAAUCAAAGAAUAUUUUGUUUGUAAUCAAUAAGCCAGAUGUGCUAAAGAGUCCAGCUUCAGAUACAUAUAUAGUAUUUGGUGAAGCCAAGAUUGAAGACCUCAGUCAGCAAGCUCAAGUGGCAGCUGCUGAGAAGUUCAAAGAACCACCAGUUAUUCCAGCAACUGAAGCUGGAGGCAGUACUACUGUUGUUGCACCUAUACAAGAAGAAUCAGAAGAAGAGGUUGAUGAGACGGGAGUCGAAGAAAAGGACAUUGAAUUAGUAAUGUGUCAGGCCAAUGUGUCUCGAGGGAAAGCUAUUAAAGCUCUCAAAAAUAACCAGAAUGACAUUGUUAAUGCUAUUAUGGAAUUGACAAUGUGAUGAAGCUGCGUAGCAGUAGGGUGCGCUACUACAUACGUCGUAGUUCACAUUGUGAGGUCAUCUUAUUAUAUCAUCCGCGUUGUCAGGAAGAAACAUCAUCCUUUUUGUCUCAUUACAUUGAAAGGAUAAGUUCGAAUACCGAGAGACCAGAGUUCGCAUAGAGACCGUGAUGCUUGUCUCGAAAAAUCCACAUGUAUAUACAUAAUUCAUAUGAAAAAAAUAUACUAAGG